GAUGUCUUUAAAUGGUGUGUUUUCCUAGGUAGAAAUAUGGGCAUUUGCUUGCCCUAUUGACCCCCAGGCCCCAAGUUAGUACUGGCCUUUGUUUUGACUUUUGGGUACUUGAUUUCAAUGCUCAUUCAUUGAUCCUUUCUCCAUCCCAAUGCCAAAGACAGUCUCACUUCUCAAUGCCUAGAACAAUAUAAGCCUCUUCUCCCAAAACUUUGUCUAUAUUCUCAAGUCCUUAGCUUCAAGAAAAAUGGGAAAGAGCAUCUCGUUCUUCAUAUUGGUAUUUCUUUUACUCUCAACUGCAGAAGCCAGCAGACCCAUAUCAGCCAACACCCACCUCGCUUCAUCUCCUGAGGAAUCAGACAUCAGUGAUGAUGGAUAUUGUUCUGGAUUAGAAAGUGAAGAAGAGUGCUUGAUUAGGAGGUUUAUGGCUGAACAUACAGACUACAUCUAUACUCAAGACAUGACUGGACCUUGAUUUUUUUAAUCUUAUUUUAGUUUCUUUCUGUUUCUGCUUUUGUUUACCCAUUAUCUAUGUGUAAUAGUUUUGAGAUGAAUAUCCUUUGAUGGGGGAAAUCCAAUCUAAUUCUGUUUUUAUUAUUGA